CUCAAUACUCAACACUCAACACUCCAUUUCUCCCUGCUUAAAAUCACCCACAUUACGGAUCUCACUUCUUGGCCAAAUCGAAUUCUAAGUUUGUGAAAAUAGAUAACCAUGGCGGCAGCAGUGGCGACGGUGAUAUGUUCUUGGGUGGCUAACCCUCACUCUUCUUCAUCUUCUUCUUCAUUGGAAUACGUGGCUUCUAAAAGGCCUAACAAUAACAUCAAUUGUUCACUUCAAAGUCCUUCAAUUCUUCAUUUGCCUAAGGAAUCUCCCACUUGUUCUCCAUUGAAACAGUCUAAAGAUAACUCUAAUUUUCUUUCUUUUCCUCAAAACUGGAACUUUUUUCAACGAGCUGCAGCUUCGGUUGUGGACGCCUUUGAAAACGCCUUGGUUUCGCACGAGCGUCAACACACACUUCCCAAAACAGCUGACCCACGUGUCCAAAUAUCCGGGAACUUCGCCCCUGUCCCGGAGAAGCCCGUUUCUCACUCCCUUCCGGUCACCGGAAAAGUCCCAGAUUGCGUUCAAGGUGUCUAUGUUCGAAAUGGAGCUAAUCCUCUCCACGAACCGGUCGCAGGCCAUCACUUAUUCGACGGAGACGGCAUGGUUCAUGCAGUUCAGUUCAAUAAAGGCUCCGUUAGCUACGCCUGUAGGUUCACUGAAACCAACCGCUUUGUUCAAGAACGAACUUUAGGCCGUCCAAUGUUCCCUAAAGCCAUUGGUGAACUCCACGGCCACUCAGGCAUUGCAAGAUUGCUUCUUUUCUACAGUAGAGCUCUAUUUGGCAUUGUUGAUCCCAGCAAUGGCUCCGGCUGUGCCAACGCCGGACUUGUUUACUUUAACAACCGGCUUUUAGCCAUGUCUGAAGACGAUUUACCUUACCAUGUUCGCAUCACUCCUUCCGGCGAUCUCAAAACGGUGGGUCGUUUUGACUUCGAUGGUCAGCUUAAUUCAACAAUGAUAGCUCACCCGAAAGUUGAUCCUGUUUCCGGCGAAUUGUUCGCUCUUAGUUAUGAUGUUAUUCAGAAGCCUUACUUGAAGUACUUUCGUUUCUCCCCCGACGGCUCAAAGUCGCCGGAUGUUGAGAUUCCUGUUGAUGAACCAACAAUGAUGCAUGAUUUCGCCAUCACUGAGAAUUUCAUUGUGGUUCCGGAUCAACAAGUUGUGUUUAAACUCCCGGAAAUGAUUCUUGGUGGCUCUCCGGUGAUUUAUGAUAAGAACAAGAUGUCAAGGUUCGGGGUUUUAGACAAGAAUGCCAUUGAUGCUUCGAAGAUUAAGUGGAUUGAAGCUCCAGAUUGCUUUUGUUUCCAUCUAUGGAAUGCUUGGGAGGAGCCUGAAACUGAUGAAGUUGUUGUAAUUGGUUCAUGCAUGACUCCUCCGGACUCCAUUUUCAAUGAAUGUGAUGAGAAUUUGCGGAGUGUUUUGUCAGAAAUUAGACUCAAUCUAAAGACGGGUAAGUCCACCCGCCGGCCGAUAAUUUCAGAGGCAGAGCAAGUCAAUUUAGAGGCCGGAAUGGUUAACCGGAACUUGCUUGGAAGAAAAACCCGGUUUGCGUAUUUAGCCCUGGCUGAGCCAUGGCCGAAAGUCUCAGGCUUUGCAAAAGUUGAUCUUUCCACCGGAGAGGUCCGCAAAUACAUAUACGGCGACCAAAGGUACGGCGGCGAGCCUUUCUUCUUCCCAAGAGGGUCUAAUUCUGAAAAUGAAGACGAUGGCUACAUUCUGGCCUUUGUUCAUGACGAAAAGGAGUGGAAAUCUGAGCUGCAAAUCAUUGACGCCAUGAAUUUGAAGCUUGAAGCCACAGUUAUGCUUCCAUCUCGAGUUCCUUAUGGUUUUCAUGGCACUUUCAUAAGCGCCAAAGAUUUGGAGAAACAAGUCUAAUUAAAGUUUAUAAAGUUCUUUUAGACCCCAAAGAUUGGCUUGAGUGAAUGAGCUGAGAAAUUUCCAGGUGAUAGAACUGGGUUUAAGACCUGGCCAUGCCAAGCCAAAACUUGAUUCCCCUGUUAGAAAAAAAAAAAAAAAAAGAAAGGUUAUAGAGUUUUAGCAUAUGAAAGAAGAACCAGAGGGAUGAGUUCAUGUACUUCCCCGGAAUCUCCUCUUUUGUGGGGUUUUGUUUCUUUUUGUUAUUUAGUAGUGAUAGAUUUUGAGAAACCGGCAUGUAGCUUCUGGGUGUAGCUAGGAUUGAAGCUCAGAUGGUUUCCACUCUCUGCAUAUUCUUUCACUGUAUGUGCAUAAAUACAUAUAAACUACAGCCAGAAUGUUAGCAAAAUUUUAUAUCUCAA